AUGACUGGACGCCUUGGAUAUGAAGGACGCCCGGAGCGUCAGAACGAGUAUUUUAUUCCCGGUGAUGGAAUCAGCCGGGAAGUGAUCCAAGCAGACAUAUGCCGUUACCUUGGAAAUGAUGCUCUCGGCCGCCAGGGCUACUUUAUCCGUGCUUAUAGAAACCUCACCUCAGAAAUGAUUGCUGAUCUCAAAGCUGACUCUGCUCGGUGGGAGGCAGAUGUGCUCCGUCGCGCUGACCAAGGCUAUCCACGAGGUAGUUACAUUCAAGACUACAGUGUGUCUCAACCACCACCUAACAUGGUUCCAGCAACCUAUGCAUCUUCCUCAAUUCAUGAAGGGCGACAGCAGCCGGGUCCAUCUCCUCCACCUGCCUACACUGCACCACCUCCCCAGCAAUAUGUGGAUCCUUACACUCAACCCGCUUACGGGCAGACACAGAGUCCCCCUUAUCCAACUUCUUCUUCAUAUCCUGCAAACCACUCACCCUUUGGAUCUGGCCAGACGUAUCCUCCCCCGCAGGUUCCUUAUUCUGCACCCAGCCAACCCCCAGUGUCUGCGACAUGCACCAAACAUAUACAUACACCAGCGCCGCUGGUUAUGGCUACGAAAAUGGGAGAAAUAACCCAAGGUACCCUGGGCCUGGUUAUGAAACAGAAUCGGACUAUUCCCCUGUUACGUCCGGAAUAG